AUGGCCGCAUCAGAACCAAGCCGUCAUCAAUCCCUCUCUUCCCCCGCCUCUGACGACGAUCGCCCUUCCCAAAUCGAGCCGUAUAGCGAAAAAGCCCCCUCGCAGCAAGAAGGGACGUCAGCACCAGAUUUCGGUCCUCCGCCUGAUGGAGGGUUCCAAGCUUGGCUUGUUGUGACUGGUGGCUUUUUCGCUGUAUUUGCCAGUUUCGGGUGGAUUAACUGUAUCGGCAUAUUUCAAGAUUACUAUGAGCAGAAUCAACUCAAAUCGUACUCUUCUAGCGAUGUAGCCUGGAUAUCAUCCAUCGAGUCAUUCAUGCUGUUUUUCUGGGGUCCAGUUGUCGGCUACAUGACAGAUAAUUACGGCCCUCGUAUUCCGAUUCUCAUCGGCUCAUUUCUACAUGUUUUCGGUCUGAUGAUGACGUCCCUAUCAAAGAAGUAUUAUCAGAUUAUUCUAUCUCAAAGUAUCUGCAGUGCAUUGGGCUGUUCAUUCCUCUUUUACGCGCCUAUCGCUGCUGCUGGAACAUGGUUCAAGCGUCACCGUGCCAUCGCUUUUGGAAUCAUCACUGCUGGAUCCAGUCUCGGCGGUGUUGUCCUUCCGAUCAUGGUGAAUAAGCUUGUUGUACGAGUUGGCUUCGGCUGGGCGAUGCGAUCCGUGGCAUUCCUUUUCCUGGGGCUACUUGUUAUCGCCAAUAUUACCAUCAAGUCAAGACUGCCGCCGCCGAGAAGAAAGUUUAACAUCCAAGACUUCAUCACGCCGUUCAAGGAAAUGCCAUUCCUUUUGUUGACCGUCGCCGGAUUCAUGCUUUACCUUGGCUCCUUUUUGCCGUUCAACUUCAUCAUUGUGCAGGCGAAGGAACUUGGUGUAUCAGAUAGCUUGGCUCAAUAUCUGGUCUCUAUCGUCAAUGCGGCUUCCACCUUUGGCCGUCUUGUUCCCGCAUACUUCGGCGAUCGCAUUGGUGUCUUCAACGUUAUGAUCCCAUUGACCUUACUGGGAGGCAUCUUCACUCUUACGGUGUGGCUAACAGCGCACUCUACAGCUUCGGUCAUUGCAUAUGCAGCUCUGUAUGGUUUCGCGUCCGGCUGCACUUUGUCAAUUGUACCAGCUAUGGUUGCUAGCUUCUCUGAUGUUCGCAGCAUCGGAACCCGCAGCGGCGCACUCUAUGGUGUUUCCGCCAUUGGCGUCCUUAUUGGUAGUCCAGUUGCUGGAGCCAUCGUCAGCGCAGAGAAUGGAAGUUUCUCUGGAUUAAUUAUCUUUUGCGGUGUUACGAUUCUGGCGGGUGCUGUAUUUGCGAUCAUGUCGAGACAGGCGCUGACCGGGGGUCAAUGGCUGAAGAAGGUUUAA